AUCACAAAUAUCAUUAUUAUAAGUCAUUCUGCUUCUCAACUCAAGAAUCCAAGUUCUCAGUCUACAAUCAUCAAAUCACAAAAAAUCCAUCAACCCACACUUCCAAAAACAUAUUAGUUCUCCGUGGAAAGUGAAAAAUUCCAUCAAUUUGCCGUGAAGAGAAAGAAAGAAAGAAAGAUGUGUUUUUUGUUUAUAUGCAGUGGAGAAGAGAAGAUUUUAGGGAGACAACAAGCGCCAGGAUUAUGUCCGUAUUGUGGUGGGAAAGUAGAAUCCAUGGAUGUUGAAGUUCAAUGGAGGUUCUGUUGGUUACCACUCUGUUUUAAAACUAAGAGAAGGUUUUUCUGUACGAAUUGUUCUAAAAGAUUAGAAGUGUUCUGAAGAUUUUGUAAACUAAAGGGGGUGUUGAUUUAGGUGUUAGUUAUGUGAUCAAUGGAGAAAUUCUGAUUUUGAUUUUUCUUUUCUUCCAAUUUUUGCUCAUGUUCUUGAAGAAAUUGAAUUUUUGUUAGCUUAGUUGUUUUAGUUGUUUUUGUAGUAAGAUCUGAAGGAAUUGAAUGUAAAUAUACAACUGCCAUUUCUGAACUAA